CAACUUCUUUUGUACCACCUUAGACUUCAUCUCCUUAUCCUUCUCCUUAUCCUUUAACAGAGAGUAUCGCUCUGGCUUCUCCCCUGAGGAGAUAGAGUAUAACGGCAGAAAAUGUUUGCGAAUGCUCUGAAAUCGUUCACUUCGAAUAUAACAUCAAAUUACACGCUUUCACCUUCCCCGAGCGGCCAUUCAGGGCCCUGGAAAAUUUAUGAUGCAAAAAAAAAAAAAAAUCCGAACCAGGCGGUCAGUGUCUUUGUUUUUGAACGAAAAUCUCUUGAUUCGGGCGGGUCUUCCGGCGGGCUUUCUCUCCGCGGGUCCAGUUCCAAAGAUGGUCUGAGGGCAGCCCAGGACGAAGUGGUCGACCGAUUGAAGAAGGAGGCAAGCCUGCUUGCCCGCCUACGACAUCCUUCUAUUCUCGAGCUUGUGGAACCGGUGGAGGAGAUGAGAGGUGGUGGGUUGAUGUUUGCAACGGAACCGGUCAUGACGAGUUUGGCGAUCCUGCUUGCGGAGAAGGAUGAGGAGGAGCGGAGCAGUGGGGGGAGAUAUGUUGCCGAUGAUGGGAAGGGCGGGCGGAGGAGACGAGAGGUUGAGAUUGAUGAACUAGAAAUUCAGAAGGGGCUACUGCAAGUUGCAAAGGGGUUGGAGUUUCUACAUGAGAGUGCCUCACUUAUACAUGGGAAUCUAACACCGGAAAGCAUAAUACUCAACGUCAAGUCCGACUGGAAACUCACCUCCUUCUCAUUCACAGUGACGUCUGUCAAUCCCCCACUCCCGGCACCCUACGACCCUCGCCUACCAUCAUCUGUUCAAUUAUCACUUGACUACGCAUCUCCGGACCUAGUACUUGAUCAGAAUUUGACACCUUCCGCAGAUUUGUUCUCCCUGGGUCUGCUAAUUGUAGCGCUAUACAAUCACCCGCACCGCUCGCCCUUAGAAACACAUCAUGCAACGUCAACAUAUCGCAGAUUGUUGGCCUCCGCCUCUACUACACCAAAUAGUGGAAACAACUAUCUAUCUUCUCGUCCACUCCCACGACCACUUGUUGAGACGCUCCUCUCCAGACUGCUAACGAGACGGCCGGCAGGUAGGGUUACAGCGUGCGGAUUUCAGCAGAGUCCCUAUUUCGAUAAUAUACUUGUUUCAACCCUGCGAUUUCUGGAAAGCCUUCCUGCCAAAACUCCGUCAGAGAAAUCGUCCUUCAUGCGCGGGUUGCUAAAAGUGCUUCCGCAAUUUCCUAGGGGUGUUCUUGAGAAGAAAAUCCUUCCAGGACUUGUUGAGGAACUCCGCGACGGCUCAAUGCUAGCUCUAGUUCUCCCAAACAUAUUUUUAAUUGCGGAGAACGCUAGCGCAAGGUUAUUCUCUGAGAAGGUGCUUCCGAAGCUAAAAGAAGUCUUCAUAAAUCACGUUCCGAGCACGACAGAGCACAAGACCGCUGCUGCAAAGAUCGCUGAACGGGAGAGGGAGUCUGGGCGUGAAGGUGGGCUAACAGUGCUACUAUCAAACUUAAACAUCAUUAAGGAUAAGACUACUGCAAAGGAGUUUAAAGAGGAUAUACUAUCGGUACAUCGCGCUGCACUCGAGUCGCCAACCCAUGCCUUGCAAGAUUUGGCCCUGCGCUCCAUUCCAACAAUCUUGCCAAAGCUUGACUUUCCGACUCUAAAAAACGACCUAUUCCCCGCUGUUGCUAGCGUGUUCACAAAGACCUCAUCCCUCGGGAUUAAGAUUCGCGGCCUAGAGGCUUUCAAAGUGCUCUGUUCGCCAGCUGCUGCCGCAACCUCGGACGCACCGGAAUUAGAUAAAUAUACCAUCCAGGAAAAGCUUAUUCCAUUAUUGCGUGGAAUCAAAACCAAGGAACCCGCCGUCAGUAUGGCGGCACUGGACGUGUUCAAGGUCAUUGGCAAGACGUGUGAUAGGGAGGUUGUCGCCAUGGAGAUUCUGCCAUGUCUCUGGAGUAUGAGCUUUGGGCCCCUAUUAGGCGUAGAGCAGUUCACGGCGUUUAUGGAGGUUGUGCGGCAGGUUAGUUCUCGGAUUGAGGCAGAACAGGUACGGAAGCUACAGGAGCUUAGGACCGAAGGGGAGAGUGGUGCUGGUGCGGGUGGCAUUUUAAGCUUCGGAGGAAUGCCCGGGAUAAGUUCCGGAAUUACCGGAGGUGGUGGGGACGAUAACUUUGAAAAUCUGAUUUUCGGAAGGGGAGGUGGGGAUAAGUCUUUGCUCGUUAAUAACGGUGGUUUCGAUACUCCAUGGAAUAGCACAAAUGCAGGCGGGGGUGGUACGGUUACGGCACAAAGGUCCGAGCCAAGGUUCAGUUGGUCUACUCCUUCCUCGACGACAAAUCUCCAUUCCUCCUCCUCGUUCUCAGGAGAAGUAUUACAACCUCAGCAGCAAACUCGGACGAUGACCCCGGAAGCUAAAAUGAGCUUCCAACCUCUAACUCCAACCUCUCCAUCUCACUCCACCGCCUUGAAUUCGAUGAGCAAGAACGCGUUCUCCAACCUCAACCUAGGUUCAGGUUUUGGGAGCACGACGUCUCUGCGCCCUCAGCCUUCCCACCCACAGAGUGUUAGCAGUACAAGUUCCAGUGGUGGUGGCAUAGAUUGGUCCGCAGCAGCGACAAGACGGAGCUUCUCUUCAACAACUUCAAACACCCAAACCAGCAGUCUCUGGGACACCCCGCCAUUAAAGCCCACACAAUCACCCUUGGGUGGCGGCUUCAAACCACCCGCCCAACAGAACCAACAACAGAAUCACCCCACAAUUCUGUACGGUCAGACAAGACAACAACCCGCACCGACUACCUCAACUGGGGCGUUCUCUGGCUUCACGAUACCGCCGCCACCGGGAGCUGACACAAGUAGCGCAGGAGGGGGAACGCCUGGAGGAGGGUUUACAUUGACACUUCCGACUAGCAUGAAUAAGAAGAGUACAGAGAAGAAAGGCUUAGACGCCUACGAAAGUUUACUAUGAUUUGUUCUGUUUUUGUUUUUUUUCUUUUAUUUUUUGUAAAGGUCACAUUAUUUCCUGUAGGGAGGGCGUUGUAGUAGGUAUAGAUUGGCCGGAGUACUUUUUGAUUAGUUUAAUUUUCAAGCAAGCAAGCAACAAAAGCUAUGCCAUACCAUG